GAGCUGUUGAUUUACCAAUUAACCACAUAUGUAGUCUAGUAAACAUUUUUAUUUGAAAAUUUUUGUGAUUACUAGGGAUAAAAAUGCUAUAUAAAACUAAUCAAGACUGUGCUGGAUCAGUACUGAGGGUAACCAUGUCCAAACUCAUUCUCAUCAUUGGUCUCAAUGUCCUCCUACUGAAUGUCCAGCUGGGCUCUGCCUACCAGCUGAUGUGUUACUUCAACACCUGGGCUCACUAUCAGUCAGAUGUGAAAGGUAUUAAGCCCAAUGACAUUGACCCCUGCCUGUGUACUCACCUAAUAUAUUCCUUUACUGGGAUGUGGAAAAACAAUAUCACCACGACCCAAUCGAAAGCCUUGGAUGACUACAAAGACUUUAAUGACUUGAAAAAAAGGAACAACCAGCUGAAAACACUUCUGUCCAUUGGAUGCUGGAACUUUAGAGCUGCCCCUUUUAUCACCAUGGUCUCUACUCCUGAGAGCCGUCAGUCUUUCAUUACUUCAGUUAUCAAAUUCCUGCGCAAGUAUGGAUUUGAUGGACUGAACUUAUCUUGGCAGUACCCUGGCUGUCAUGGAAGCCCUCCUAGGAACAAGCAUCUCUUUACUGUCCUUAUACAGGAAAUACGGAAAGCAUUUGAGAAGGAGGGGAGUAAGAAUAAAAGGCCUAGGCUGUUGGUCACUGCCUCAGUUGCUGGUGUUGUCCCCACAAUCAAAUCCGGCUAUGAGAUCCCCCAACUGUCACAGUCCUUGGACUAUAUUCAACUCAUGACCUAUGACCUCCAUGGAUCUUGGGAAGGCUACACUGGAGAAAACAGUCCCCUUUACAAAUCUCCAACUGAAACUGGGAUCAAGGCCUUCUACAACAUAAAAUACAUCAUGGAAAAUUGGAAGAAAAAUGGGGCAGCACCUGAGAAGCUCAUUGUUGGAUUCCCAGCAUAUGGACACACCUUUAUCCUGAGUGACUCCUCUAAAACUGAAAUUGGUGCCCCUAGCAAUCGUGGUGGCCAUCCAGGACCCUACACAAAGAAAACCGGACUCUGGGCCUACCAUGAGAUUUGCACAUUCCUGAAAAAGGGAGCCACUCAGGUCUGGAACGCUGCUCAACAAGUUCCCUAUGCCUACCAUGGUAAUGAAUGGGUUGGCUAUGACAAUAUCAAGAGCUUUCAUAUCAAGGCUCAGUGGCUUAAGAAGAACAGCUUUGGAGGUGCCAUGAUCUGGGCUAUUGAUAUGGAUGACUUUAAUGGCUCUUUCUGUGAUCAAGGUAGAUUCCCCCUGACCUCCACCUUGAAGAAAGUACUCAAAGUACACAGUGCAAGUUGCAAAGUUACUGCUAUUCCAGCCAGUGGGGUUGGGAGGCAGAACUUGGAGCCUGUGUUGCUACUCAGUAGCAAAUAACAGAAUACCAUCUGGAGCUUCCUGAGUGAAAUCCUUGUCCAGAACUGCCAGGAAGAAUCUGUCUUCAAGACCAUUCAACAGUGCUGAGCUAGACUUAAACACUAUCUGCUACCUUUUCCCAGAGCUGUAAACAGUCUUUUUUGCCCUUUUCUAGGACCAUCUUAAUUCUACACAAUGUACUAAAAUAAAGUCAGCA